UUAAGGAAACGCCACGUGUCCUGAAAUGGCCAAAAGUUGAUCUUCCAAACAUUGUGUUGUGGCCAAAUGUCAUUCAAGCUCAUACUCUUUCUGGCGCUACUCGCUUCACUUCUUCCAUCGCCAUGUCCAACUCUCUCCUUCUUCUUCCUCCUUCUUCCUCUUCUUAUUCUCAACCCCAUUCACCUCUCACUCUCACUUUCUUUAAUUCACGGAGGAAGAGACGCCCUUGCAGAUAUUCCAGAGCGACAAUGUUCAAGGAGGUGGAAAUGCAGGCAAUGCUUUAACUUGUGUUGCUAGAUUGGGCCUCAAGCCAAGGAUCAUCUCCAAAGUAGCAGAUGAUAGUCAAGGCAGGAGCAUACUAGAUGAGUUACACGCUGAUGGUGUAGAUGCAUCCUUUAUUGUGGUGUCUAAGGAGGGAACUUCACCAUUUACAUAUAUUAUUGUGGACAACGAAACGAAGACCCGUACUUGCAUACAUACCCCAGGAUAUCCUCCAAUGAUACCACAGGAUCUUUCUGAAUCAAGUCUGUUAACUGCAUUGAAUGGAGCAAACAUUGUUUACUUUGAUGGGAGGUUAUAUGAAACUGCUCUUGUUGUUGCCCAAGAGGCAGUUAGGAAGAAUAUACCCAUCUUAAUUGAUGCAGAAAGGCCAAGGGAAGGGUUGGAUGAUCUCCUGAAAUUUGCUAAUUAUGUUGUAUGCUCAGCAAAGUUUCCACUAGCAUGGACAGGAGCAUCAACUAUUCCACAAGCACUUGUUUCUAUUCUCUUAAGAUUGCCCAACAUCAGAUUUGUGAUUGUGACCUUGGGAAAAGAUGGUUGCAUAAUGCUUGAGAGAAAUCUUGAUGUGGCCUCUUCCACAGAGGAAGUGGAUAUAGACAGCUUAGUGGAGUCACUGAAGAUGACAACAAAUGAGAGUGUAUUACACCCAACCUGUAUAUCAUCGUCAGUGGCAACACUGAAGGCAGAAGGGAUAGGAACAGUCAAUGGGAGGAUAUAUGUGGGAACAGCCGAGAGCAUUCCUCCUUUGGAGCUUAUUGACACCACUGGUGCCGGGGAUGCAUUUAUUGGAGCUGUGAUCUAUGCUAUCUGUGCCAACUUUUCGCCAGAGACAAUGCUUUCCUUUGCUGCUAAUGUGGCAGCUGCCAAGUGUCGAGAUUUAGGAGCACGCAGUGGUCUUCCAUAUCGUGCUGACCCACGCAUAGCUUCCUUCAUGCAGUAGAUUUUGUUCCAGUUACGCUUUUUUCCACAAUAAGAGAUUUCAUCAAUGUGUUAUUCAAUUGAAUUGUAUAUUAGCAGUCCAAAAAGGGAUAAUUGAAUUGUAUAUUAAGAGAAUUGACGUUGAAUAAUUAGCCUUGGCUUGACAAUGUUGCUUGCAAGAUCUUUAAUUUUUAGCAGUUUGAGUGAAAAUUCUCUGCCUCGUUGGUUGUUUUAAAGUCAUCAAUAAAUUUAGUGAAAAUUAAGCCA